AUGGAGUUUCAUAAUGGUCUUAUUUUGGUGUCUCUUCUUUUAGUAGCUUCAUUUGGGUAUUGCUGCUUCUUGGUCCCUCUUUUGCCCAAAGGCAUCACAAGACUACUAUUCCUUCUUCCUGUAUUUUACAUCCUCUCCAUCUUCCCAUGGAUCUUCUCUUCUAUUGCUCUAAGAUCACUUUCAUCUUUUCUUAUCACAUGGAUCACUUCCUUCAAGCUCAUCCUCCUUUGCUUCGACCAAGGCCCUCUAUUUGAUGCCACCACAAGAUUUAUUGACUUUACCCUCAUAGCCAUCCUCCCAAUCAAGCUCCGGGAAGCCACACAACAUGAUGAUCAUGUACACACUUCAAAUGGUUUAGUGACAAUUGGGGUUUGGUUACUCUCAAUACUAUGGUGCCUAUUCACCCUUAGCACCACCAUAUGGUUCCAAUUUCUUGUCCCCAUACUAAUAAUUCUUGCAUUGAUAUAUUGGUCUUCCACAAGUUCCGCCACUCGAUUGGCUCGUGCUGUGCUGGCUCGCUACGAGAUGGUUCAGUUAUCGGACCAUCCAGAAAAUUCGAGUUCUCUACAGGAAUUCUGGGGGAGGAGGUGGAACCGUCUGGCCUCGGACUUACUUAGACAAGCCAUCUACGAUCCCGUUCGAAAUGGUCUGACCAUGAUCGGGAUUUCUCCUCUAGCAGCCAGAGUGGUCGCAGUGAUUGCGACCUUGAUGGUGUCCGGGCUCAUGCACGAGCUCAUGUUCUACUACAUCACUUGUGGUGCGAGACCCACUUGGGACUUGGCUUUGUUUUUCGUGUUGCAAGGAGUUUGCAUGGCGAUCGAGUAUGCUAUGAGUGGGUCGGCAAUGCCUUAUUGGGCCACGAGAUGGGAACCGGUCGGACCAUCGGUCGCCACUUGGUUGACCCUUGGGUUCGUGUCGGUCACCGGAUUUUGGCUUGUCUUGUUGCCUACUCUAAGGAAGGUAGAAUAUGAAUGUCGUACCGUUCCAAAGGUUUGGUAA